GCUUUCUCCAUCACUUCUUCCAACUUUUACAUCAUCCCACGCCCUUGCAUCUACUGCUACUGCCGCAGCCACAGAAAAGGAAUGACAGACGUAUCGUCAACAGGCCAGCGGAAGCGCCUCAAGCACGGCAUCCUCGCUGCUAUCGGCGUCUUCGGUUCCGCGCAGCUAAUUUACUACUUUGGCUGGUCAGGACGAUUCAGUGCAGAGUUCACUCGCGCACCCGUCCCCGAGGCGAUUCCCAUGGACACAAUCGAAACAGACCGCGCUUGCGUCUUACUUGAUCGAUCUUUCACCUCUGCUACGCAGCCAGACUUUACGAGGACAGGCCUUAAACAAUGGACCGGCUGCCAGACACUCAACAGCACCAGCGGCUGGAUCAUACAGCACUGUACCGUACCAGGGAACAACCCUACCCAGAAGGAUGGUGAACCGGUGGUGGAUUCUUUAUCAUGUUAUCCAGGAGGAUAUUUUCGUAUUCAGCGGCUACAGCCCCUCGCCGGCAAGGACAUACUGCAGACUGGGACUUGCCAACUGAAGGCGGGCAUGUCACUUGCCGAGGACGCCGCUACGAGUCAGUAUGCGACUUCAUAUCUCGGCCCAGACACCUUCCGUAUUAUCCUUGUUGGCCCCGAGCGACUCUCACUGAUGCAACAACAAUCACUAGGGAACUGCACCUAUGCCAUCCCUUACUUGAUCAGUCGACCUGGCCGGUUCUGGGUUCAGAAAGUCCUCCACACCUAUCAAGGAUACGAUGCACUGAACGAGAUCGCCUCUGAGAAAGGGUCGCCAGAAUAUCUCGGUAACGACAUCCUUGUUGCCGGAACGCAGCAGCAACAAGCGGAGCAGCACUAUUACCACUUUAAUGUCUGUCCACAUUGUGUAUCUUGGGUGGCGAUGGACGAAGCCCAGGGACUAGCAGGCACCAGGGAUACUUGCUCGCGAGCACCAACUCAGCAGUCACAUCAGUACGGCAUCUACAGAGCCAGGCUUCCAAUAGAGUCUGUAUGGCAGGCAGUGGGCCAUCCAUACGAAUGGAUUCCAGCGCGGCCUCGCUGCAGGUUCUACCCUGCGCAGACAUCGUUCGAGCCCGUCACCAAUUCGGACAGCAAAGAUGUUAAGGCCGAGAAGGCAGAGGCGGCUCAGUGCUUGCAAAAUGCUCGGUCGAUAUAUUUUGUCGGCGAUUCUCAUGUCAGGACGAUUUUCAGCGGAGUCAUGCAGAGACUGCAGGGAAGAUCGGGCGGCAUCGAUGCACGUAUCCAGGAUCAGCGGAGCCAUACUAUAAAGGCUGGCAAGGUCGAGGCAAGAAGCGACCUUGAUGCCUCACUAAACGACACCUUGGCGCGCAUUAGAUACACGGUCGAGGACCUACAGGUUGCCACAGUCGCGGAUCUCAGUGUAUUGGAAGAUGCGGACACUGUCGUUCUCGGAUUUGGAUCGUUCUUUGGGCACUGGCCUACCGAGCAGUAUGUAGAGCGGGUGAAGGCUGUGUUGGACGGCCUGGUCGAGAUUCGAAAGCAGCGGGAGCUGAACUCUGAUGGAAACAACCAGGACAAAAUGAACAGCCUCAAGGUCAUAUGGGUGAGCGCAUCAGCAUGGACGGACGAUUCAAACCAACACUGGAGGACGAACCAUCGGAUUCUGUAUUGGAAUAAGCUGGUGGACGGUAUGAUCGACACUAUUAAUGCUCAAAUCGGGGGAGGAGGUAUGGUUGACCGACUUUUGACAUUCGAUAUCACCAUCCCCUUCAAGAACAGCACUCAGGACCAUGUCCACUACACGGGUGAGACCCCAGUUGACAGCUUUUCAGCAGAACUCAUUCACAAACUCGACCUCUGCUCAUAGGUCACGCAUAUCCCUGUAUCUUCAUUCUACUCCUAUCCAGCAUGCCAUAAAUGUAUACAUAUAUCAGUUCUUACUGUGCAACAGCAGUAAAGCCAUUAUCUUGACGCACAGGUGGAGAGAGGGUUUUUAUUAAAAAAAAAAAAAAAUUA